AUGCGCAGAGUCACUACCUGCGCGCCUAUACUUGCGGAGGGGAAAUACACCACACCAUGGAUCGAGAACGUGCCCGAGAGAUAUACAGGGCAGGCGAAUACUAGUGCGAAGUUUUAUGAGUUUGGGGCGGCAAGGAAGGGGAACUAUUGCGAUGCGACGGAUCCGCAGAAUGUUACAGCGACCGUGCCGACAUUCUGCACGACUAAGUAUGAGAGAGAGAAUUUCCGCGCGACCUACACUGUACGUUCAGCAACCGCAUAUCAUAACAACGUGAACCUCAGUGGUUUCGACCCCAUACCCGACUUCCAAGUCGCGGACUCAGACGUCACUCUUGUCUCGAUCUUCAGCCAAGCAGAAUACAACGGAAACGUGACCGACCCCCUAUUCCUAGCAACAAACGUAUCAACGUCUUCCAGCGAACUCUACACCUCAACAAACGACCUCAACAUCCUCGGCUGCACAGAACAAUACCAGCUAUGCAACCUAGGCAACCAACACUGCACCCCCCUAACAGGCCUCUACGGCAUCCAGCAAGCCAUGACGCAAAACGACCUCUCCCUCUCCCCCCGCCAACUCGCCACCUCAAAUAUAAUCUGGAAAGCCGCCUGGGCAAUGGGUCUCCAAUGGGCCGUCGAAGUCCUCGGCGCCAACGUCCUACUCGCACGCGACUGGGUCUUCACCGUCGACUCCGUGACCUCCGCCCCCCUGCCCGCAAACCAAUGGCACCUCGAAGCGCAAAACCUGCACAACUUCUCCCUCGCCGUCUUCCAGCGCCGCAUAGGCGAAUACGCACAGCCUGAGAACUUCCAGAUCCGCCCUGAUACUAACUCCCUCGAUCAGAUCGUCCCCCCGACGGACGCUGAUAUGCGCGCCCUGUGCGCGCUGCAGAAAGUGCGCAGCGCGGCGCAUUCGUCGGUUAGCGUGCUGGGUUUGUGCAUUAUUCUCGUCGUCGGCGCUCUGCUCGUGCUGCUCGAUUGGGUGUUUGUCCAGCAGAUGUUUUGGCUUGCGUCUUUUUCGCGCGGAAGGCAUGCGCGGAAGAUGGAUUGGACGAGUUCUGGUGCGCUGCAGCUUCAUCGCUUGGCGCUGGAGGCGAGGGGUGUGGGGCCGUGGGAUGCGGCGGAGUUUGAGUUCCCGACUUUGAGGGAGGGGAGGGAGAGGAAGGGGGCGGUGUAUACGACGGUGCCGAGUUUGGGGGAGGGCGAUGGGAAGAUGGGGCGGGGGGAGUAG